UAAUAUUUCAACGCUCUAACAUUUUGAGUGUCUCUAAGAACAGAAAGAAGUAAAUAUUCAAUUGUUAUACAGAUUAUUAGCAAAAUAUAUUAAAUUUUAAUCUAUAUUAGAACAAAAUGGAUAACGUGACGACACCCAGUUUACUUCAUGAAUUUUCAUUAACCAAUCCACCGAAAGAAAUACCAGACCUUUCCAAUCACAAGAACUACAUGGCAGAGGUUUUAUGGUCUAAUUCCGACCUAUAUGAGAAACUAAGGGAUAAGAAAACUAGUUUAGGAGUUUCUUUUAUUCAGUGUAUUAAAACUGGAAUUGAUCAUCCAAGCCAUCCUCACAUAAAAACUUGCGGCAUCGUAGCAGGUGAUGAGGAAAGCUAUCAAAUGUUUGCAGAUGUGUUUGAUCCUGUAAUAAAUAGAAGACAUGAUGGAUAUUUGCCAUUUGCUCAACAUAUAAGUAAUUUAGAUUCUGCGCAGGUGAAUGAUAAAAAUAUGGAUCCGUCUGGGAAGUAUGUUUUAACCAGUCGUGUCCGCAGUGGGCGGUCUAUCCGAGGAUACAGACUUUCUCCUGCAAUUGCAUUUGAUGAAAGACGGUUAGUUGAGAAAACUAUAGUAAACUCUUUAUCAAAACUCAGUGGAGAGUUAGAAGGUGAUUACUUCCCACUUCACGGUUCUUGUUCUUAUAUUUCUAAACCCAACGGAAUGUCGGUUGAAAUGGAAGCAGACUUACGUUUAAGGGGGAUGCUUUUUCAGGAUACCAAUUCUUCUCCUUUGCACAUGUCGUCUGCAGUCUAUUGUGACUGGCCAGAUGCGAGGGGCGUAUUUCACAACAAAAAUAAAAAUGCAUUUGUCUGGGUGAAUGAGGAAGAUCAUGUAAGAGUAGUUUCAAUGGAGGGAGGAGCAGAUAUGCAAGGUGUUUUUAAACGAUUUGUGGAUUUAUUAAAGGCACUCGAAACAGAGCUUAGUUCUGAAGGAAAAGAGUUUAUGUAUAAUGAUCACUUGGGUUAUAUAGCAGCUUGUCCUUCAAAUCUUGGCACUAGCUUACGUGCAGGCUGUUUAGUCAAAAUUCCUCUUUUAUCUUCUCGGCAUGAUUUUAAAGAAAGGGUAAGCCAAAUGGGCCUUCAGGCUCGCGGUCACCGCGGAGUCGACACAGAGUCUCGUAGCGGAAUUGUGGACAUUUCUAAUGCCAACAGAUUAGGACACACUGAAGUAGAGCUGGUGAAUAUAGUAAUAAAUGGUGUAUCCCAGAUAAUUAAAUGGGAGAAAAUGCUUGAAAAUGGAGAAAAUAUUAAAUGACAAUAAAAAUAUUGCCCAAUAAUCAAGAAUAUCUUACACGUACUUGACGUUUUAUGUUAUUUUCUGUAAUUAACGUUUUUGUAGUAUCAGUGAAUGCAAUGCAUAAAGUGGACAAAUAAGGGUCUGGAUGGGGUUUACAGAAUAGAGAAUAUUGUUGAUAAGUGCAGAACAAAGGACAAGAAAAAUAAAGAAAAGAGAAAAAAUAUGACAAAAAAAUAAGGAAUAGAGAAUAACGGGGUGCUAAAAUAUCAAGAAUAGAGAAUAAUGAACAAAAUAGAUAAAGAAUAGAAAAAAGUGUUCUAAAAAAUUAAAGAAUAAAGAAAUAAGGGACACCCUAUCCCUCCCAAUCCAAACCCUCGCAAGUAGUCUUGAUGGAAUAAGGACACAAUAUUGAAGAUGUCAUUAUGAUAGUGAUCGAUGUUUGUUCGACAAUUCACAAAACAACACUGGAGUCUAAAAGAAAAAGAGUUUAUGUAUCAUACACGGGGCAUAGACGAAUUUAUCCUUCAAAGUUCGACCUUGCUUAACAUUCAUGCUGUCUUGAAAGGUUCUCUUCCCGCUAUGAAUUCAGAGAUGUGAUCAAAUUGAAUUAUAUAAAAUAUUGAAUAUAAUUCAAUUGAAAGGGAAACACAGCAGAACUAAUGAAAACAGUAAUUUGUGGUAAAUGAAGAUUAUCUAGUUGGGAAAUAAUGCCCCAUAGGUACUGCUGGUGGUGAACUGUUAGCCCCCGAAGGUAUAUCCUCUUACGUAUAUAGUGCUUCAGGAUUGUUAUUAUUCAAAGACAGAUUAUAUAGUUUCAGAUUAAAGUUAGGUCAAUUUACUAACACCUUCCCAGAAAAGUUCACCUGAGCGAAUUUGGCUGUUUAGGUAAGACCAACUUCGGAUUUGAUGCUCUAACUCUAAAGCUAAAAUAUAUAUUUGGCAUCUCCCGCUUUUAGUCUCUAACCUACUUGAUGAAGGUAACUCCAGAUACUAAUGUCAUGUGUAUUUAAAUUUGUGUUAUAUGUGUAUUUUAAUAUCAUUUGGUCACUUACAAAUGCUAGUUAACUGACAGUACUUGGUGGUACAUCGGUCUAGAAUCAUGUGCUUUGGCACUGGAAAAUUUUCAAUUGUGAUGUUUUUUACUUUAUUUUCCAUCCCUAUCUUGAGACUUGUUCAGGACACACGUGUCGUUCUCACUCAGUUAUUCAUGGUUAUUACUCGUUUAGGAUCUCAAUCUAACAUCGUGUUCUCCGAUAGAACAUGCUGAAAAUAUAGAAUUAAAUAUAAAUGUAAAAUAUUAUAAUAACAUAUAUUUAACUUGUAAUAGGAACAUCAUUGACAGCGAUACUCGAUUCUCUAUGUUCUUUUUAUUUGAAUACUUUACCCUAAUUUCUUACACUCUUUCUUUUGAAUAUUUUGGUAAGAUUUCUGUAGAAUAUUAUUCAAACGAAAGCUGAAGUCCACAUAUAUAAGCAUCUGUAAAAUCCGUAUCCCAAUUUGAAGACUCUUAGUAACGACUAUACAUUUUUGUAAAGGCAAUCUGGUUAAAUUACAGAUCAUUAGAUGUUUGUAUUUGUACUUCACUCGAACUUUAUUUCAUCGAGAAUAUAAAUGGGCUUACAAUAAAACGAAUAAAUUCUUUAUUGAUUCCUAUAAAACAUGUGUAAAUAUUUCAUUAUGUUCUGAUUAUUUACUGUUAACGCAUGUAAAAUUCUUUGUUAGAAUGCAGUUAUAA